AUGGAACUUAUUCGAAUUACCACGAUGGUAAAUCAAUUAAUGACUCCUUCGAAUACUCUUUUUAAACAAAAUUUAACUGCACAUGAAUUAAAAACUGAGCCGCGAAAGUAUGGUGAAUAACUAACUACGACAUCAUCAACAACAACAACAACAACACCAACAACACCAACAACAACAAUAUCAACAACAGCAGUAUCAACAAUAUCAACAACAGCAAUACCGCAAUGCAUAAUGCCAGGAGACAUGAAUGUUGCACGAAAAUAUCACACAGCAUCUAUAUUAACAAAUGCAAAAGUGUUAGUUAUUGGUGGGUAUAAUGGUAUUACUCUAAAUAGUGCUGAAUUGUACGAUCUAUCAAUAGAAAUCUGGACAUUUAUUACUAGCAUGAGUACUGCACGGCAGCAACAUACUGCAUCUGUAGUCACAAAUGGGAAUGUGUUAGUUGCUGGAGGAAUUCAAAAUAAAUAUUUCUUAAAGACUGCUGAAUUGUAUAAUCCAUCAGCAAAUAGUUGGACAACUACGGGAAACAUGCAUGGUGUACGAGGUGCUCACACAGCAACUAUAUUAGCAAAUGGAAGAGUGUUGAUUAAUGGUGGAGAUGGUGGCAGUGGUUUUCUUAACACCGCUGAAUUAUAUGAUCCAUCAAUAGGAAUCUGGACACGUACAGGAAAUAUGAAUUGUCAGCGCGUUGAUCAUGCAACAACUUUAUUAACAGAUGAAAGAGUGUUAGUUGCGGGUGGAUAUGAUGGUAUUUCUCUAAAUAGUGCUGAAGUGUAUGAUCCAUCGAUAGGAAUCUGGACAACUACAGGUAAUAUGAGUGCAGCACGACAGUGUAGUACAUUAUCUACAUUAACGGAUGGAAAAGUGUUAGUUGCUGGUGGAUUUAAUGGUGGCUAUCUAAAAAGUGCUGAAUUGUAUGAUCCAGCAACCGGCAACUGGACACCUACAGGUAGCAUGAAUUUUGCACGGCAGUGUCAUACAGCAUCAUUAUUGUCCAACGGAAAAGUACUAGUUACUGGUGGAUAUAAUGGUAUUUAUAUAAAUAAUACUGAAUUAUAUGAUCCAUCAACAGGAAUCUGGACAAGUAGUACAAACAUGAAUAUUUCACGGUGGCAGCAUACAGCUACCAUACUCACAAAUGAAACAUUGUUAAUUGUUGGUGGUGGGGGUGAUGCUCCGUACCUGAAUAAUGUGGAGCGGUAUCCAUUGGCAUAA